GCACCUCCUAAGAGGUAUCGUCAAAGCGCAGCCUCAUGCUUCAAAGCCGGGGGGUACCACUUCAUAAUACUGCCUUUGCUAUCAGGGUUCCUUGAAUGUGUGGCAUUGGCUCAAAAGCCCUGAUUCGGGCAGCUUACCACGCCUGAGAAACACCAGGCCGCUCGCUGGCCAUGAUCCGCAUCCUCAGUCUUUGUGUCGUCCGGGCGUUGGGUCACACUCAUGCUGGCCAUGCGGGCCAACAUGUUUCACAUCUCCAGGCGAUAAGUGUCGAAUCCAACGGCGAUGUUGGGUCUAGGCUUAUGCGAGCACACCUAGACGAGAGAGGUGAUGCACAUCAAGCCGAGAUGUUGGAGAUUCCAAUGCCUUCUGCAUCAGAUGUUGCGUACAAGGCCAUGGACAUCACCUUUGGCACCACUGGCAUGACCGAGGAGGACUACCCAUACGCGUGCCUUUGCGACGCGGAAGGUAUUUGUAGCAAAGAUCCGGCUCAGACUAUCUGCAAGAUGCGGGCUGGGCAGCCCAACGGGGCAGCAAGAUUCGGCUUACAGGCUUUGCCUUUCAUUGGGCUCCUUGCAGUGAUCCCACUUGCAGCUUAGAAUCUCUCAUCCUCAGUCUACGGCGGUGCGUGUG